UCCAUACUCUUUGGCCUAUAAAUUAGUGGCCACGCCAGAGGGCAAAAGAAAGAAGCAGAAUUGAACCGAACCGAACCUGAGAAAGAGAUAAAGAGGUUCAUCAACAUGGCGGGUGGGGUGGUUCCUGUGGAUUCGUCACCAAUUACCAAUGGCUUCGUUGCCAAGAUCACGCUCUCAAUCGUCAUCACCUGCAUCGUUGCUGCAUCCAGUGGACUCCUUUUUGGAUAUGACCUCGGAGUUUCAGGAGGAGUGACAACAAUGGUACCGUUUCUGGAAAAAUUCUUCCCAGACAUAUUAAGAAAGAUUGGUGGGAGUGAAGUGAACAUGUACUGUGUUUAUGACAGUCAAGUGUUGACAUUGUUCACAUCUUCUCUGUAUCUUGCGGGGUUAGUAUCAUCUCUGGUAGCUAGUCGAGUAACAACAGCAAUAGGUAGAAGAAACACCAUCUUAUUAGGUGGUGUAGUCUUUCUUCUUGGUGGUUCCCUUAAUGCAGGUGCAGAGAAUAUUGUAAUGCUCAUUCUUGGUCGUGUCUUACUUGGAUUUGGAGUCGGUUUCACUAAUCAAGCAGCACCUUUGUACCUUUCUGAAAUUGCUCCACCGAAAUGGAGAGGAGCAUUCAACACAGGCUUCCAAUUCUUUUUAGGAGUUGGAACAUUGGUCGCUGGCUGCAUAAACUAUGCAACUGCGAAGCACACGUGGGGGUGGCGAGUUUCGCUUGGCAUCGCUGUGGUGCCUGCAGCGGUUAUGACAAUCGGUGCCUUGCUUAUAACUGACACUCCCAGUAGCUUGGUUGAACGUGGCAAAAUAGAAGAAGCCAGAAGAGCCUUGCGGAAGGCCAGAGGAUCCUCCUUUGAUGUUGAACCUGAAUUGGACGAACUCAUUAAGUGGUCACAGAUUGCAAAAUCUGUAGACAAGGAGCCCUUUAAAACCAUAUUUGAGAGGAAAUAUCGACCCCAUUUGGUCAUGGCAAUUGCUAUACCGUUUUUUCAGCAAAUGACAGGGAUUAACAUCGUGGCAUUCUAUGCUCCUAACCUGUUUCAAUCAGUGGGUUUGGGACAUGAUGCAGCUUUACUUUCUGCCAUUAUACUCGGAGCAGUCAACCUUGCCUCUCUCCUCGUCUCAACUGCUGUUGUUGAUCGCUUUGGUCGAAGGUUCUUGUUCAUAUCUGGUGGCAUUCUCAUGCUUGUUUGUCAGAUUGCGGUGUCAGUUAUGCUGGCAGUGGUAACUGGUGUUCAUGGUACAAAGGACUUAUCAAAAGGCAACGCAAUUGGAGUGUUGGUGCUGCUUUGCUUCUACACUGCUGGUUUUGGGUGGUCAUGGGGACCUCUCACGUGGCUAAUUCCGAGUGAGAUUUUUCCGUUAAAAAUCAGAACCACUGGACAAAGCAUAGCUGUCGCGGUGCAGUUUAUUACCAUAUUUGUAUUGUCCCAGACAUUCUUGACAAUGCUGUGCCACUUUAAGUUCGCUUCCUUCGUGUUCUAUGCGGGUUGGAUUAUAGUUAUGACAAUCUUUGUUAUACUUUUCGUGCCAGAAACAAAGGGAAUUCCGUUGGAAUCUAUGUACACCAUAUGGGGAAAACACUGGUUCUGGCGCCGGUUUGUAAAGGAAGUUACUCAGCAAAAUCUUCCAUGAGCUAAAUUUCACUUCAGGACUGUUGUUCAUAACAGUUAAAACUUAAAAAUUUUGUUGACUUUGUCUUCCUAAGAUACAAUGUUUUCUGUAUAUGUAGAAAAUGUCUAUUAUGAUCAUAUAUGUAAUUGACUAGUUAUAACUAUUU